UCAGAGGAAGAAUUCACUGAAUCAAACGCGCAGCAGAGGAUAGUAUGGUCCAUUAAGAAAGUCACUCCAUCGCCGGUUUUUCAACGGCCUGUUUAUUUCACUCUGAACACGGAACUAAUAAUCGAUUCGUAGAAAACCAGAUCAGACAAGACGGAUUAACGCACACUGAACGACCUUGCACUGAAUGUCACAAUUGACGGAUUUUUUAUUUAAAGCCCCGACACGGUAAGGUCACCGGCCAGGCCAUGGAGAUUGUCACACAUUUAAUUAAUGACACCAUAGAACUAUACAAAUGGACCCUCACAAUUGCAGACCAGCGAGUGAAGAAAUGGCCUCUGAUGGACAGCCCCUUGCCCACGUUGGCCAUCAGCACCUGUUACCUGCUGUUCCUCUGGCUGGGGCCCAAAUACAUGAAAAACAGAGAGCCUUUCCAGCUCCGCAAAACCCUCAUUGUCUACAACUUCAGUAUGGUCAUCCUCAACUUCUUCAUCUUUAAAGAGCUGUUUAUGGCGACACGGGCAGCGGGCUACAGUUACAUUUGCCAACCAGUGGACUAUUCAGAUGACCCCAAUGAAAUCAGGGUGGCAGGAGCUCUAUGGUGGUAUUUCAUCUCCAAAGGCAUCGAGUACCUGGACACAGUGUUUUUCAUUCUGAGGAAAAAAUGCAACCAGGUUACUUUCCUGCAUGUCUACCACCACUGCACCAUGUUCACGCUGUGGUGGAUCGGUAUCAAAUGGGUGGCAGGAGGACAGUCAUUCUUUGGUGCACACAUGAAUGCACUGGUUCAUGUCUUGAUGUAUCUGUAUUAUGGACUGGCCUCCUGUGGACCUAAGGUCCAAAAGUACCUUUGGUGGAAGAAGUAUUUGACUAUCAUUCAGAUGAUUCAGUUCCACUUCACCAUCGGCCACACAGCCUUGUCCCUCUAUGUCAACUGCAACUUUCCCCACUGGAUGCACUACUCCCUCAUCUGCUACGCCAUCACCUUCAUCAUUCUCUUCGCCAACUUCUACUAUCAGACCUACCGCCGUCAGCAGCCCAGACGUGACACCUCCUCAUCUAAAGCAGGCAGGGCUCUUUCUAACGGGACCUUCAGUGGGCUCAGCAAGGCUGCCAAUGGAAUAAUAAUGAUGGGGAGCAAAGAGGAGAUCUCCCAGGAGAACUCUGGGAGGAGAAAGAGAAAAGGAAGAGCUAAAAGAGAUUAGAGGAAGUGGACUGAGAGAGGUAAGCAUGAGGUAGGGACUUUCUUUGGGUUCUAGGUUGCUAGCUCUAAAAAGAAUUCAUUUGAGGAAGACGAUGGAUGGAUGUGUUAGGAUAUGAUUUGUUUAUUGAAGUCAUGAUCUGAGUUGUUGAUAAAACUUGAGACAGGCCUGUGUUGAGAAAGGCUGGUUCUGUUAGUGAGAGAUGACAAAGGUCAUGCCUAAGGUGACCGUUAUCACAAAUAACCCAAAAUACUGUAGUGUCUGGUAUGAGAUAGAACUUAGUAUUCCAUCUCUUUAUUGUUGUGCCCAGUUCUGUAAAUCUGGUUCAAAAAGAGCGACUCUCAGCUGCUACAAACUGAGCCUGAAAAGGAAACACUGCAGUGUACCACGGAGGCCCAUUUGGCAUGCUGGGAAAGGGUAGCAUAUACCAUUGUUUUUAGUGAUCACCGCUGUACUGAGACAGGAAUACACACCAUAAUUAACGCACAAACAUUUAUAUUUGAGCUUGAUAUCUUUUGUUGUUCACCUUUACACCUGUACAGUAUCAUGUCAUAUUAUAUACUAUAUCUUAUUCAAGCUAUUAUUGAUGUUACAUGAGUGAGCUUUAAGUUUACUAAAAAGAAAGCCUUUGCAGUUAUCAACUUAUUUGUGAAGACUGAGUUGUCUUAUUUAUUCUUAUUUAUUUUGGGUCACAGAAUCUCACUUUUGAGUUUUCAUCCACUGGUUACAUUCUAAAGAAUCAAUAUUUUUAGGUAGGAUGUUCAAAAAAAGAAAAAUACAUUUCUAACACUUUGAGACUUGGAUUGUUACAUCACUGGUUUUUCAUGGGAUAACCAUCUACUAAUGAUCAUAGAGGGUUAAAAAUCAGAAAAAGUUGGGACCGUAGGUGAAAUCUAAAUUAAAUGUGAAAAUAGUG